GCUGGUAUAACUGAAAUUCAGCUGAGGAAGAUGACCACUAUGCUUGGGGUCACCGAUAUAAAUGACUUCCUGUUUGAAGAUAUGAAUGGAGGAGGAACUAUCCUGUUUAACAAGCUAUAUAAGUUCAAAUAAAAUAUUAGGCGUUGGAGGCUUUGGCUUUGUAAUGGCUGUAUAUGACAAGAGAUUCAAGACAGACCUAGCAAUCAAGGUGAUCACAAAUAAGUCUAGAACUAAAGUCUUGGAUUCUUUGAAAACUGAAGCUAAAAUUCUUGAAAGCUCAAAUCAUAAAAAUAUUGUUAAAUUCAGAUACUUUAAAGAGUAUUCCAAUUGCUUUGUUUUAGCCAUUGAGUGGUGCCAAGAAGGCUCUCUGAUACAAUGGUUAAAGGCUAAAGAUGACGAAAGAUUACUCCUCAAAGAAGCGAUAGAAAAGGCUGAACAAAAGAAGAUUAAAUCGCAUCUUUCACUUGUGAAGAAGAAGUCAAAAUCAGAUUGAGCACAUUCUUACUGCAAGAAACUUGAUCAUUGAGCACUCAAGAAGUUUUACAAAACUCAUGAAGCUGAAUGAGCCGAUAUUAUGAAGCAAAUAUUGGAAGGACUAAGGUAUAUACAUGAGACAAAAGACAUCAUGCAUCGGGAUAUCAAGCCUGGCAACAUACUCUUGCAGAAGAACAGAAGAAGUUUGACACAUAAGAUCAGUAUUGAUAAUCUUGAUGAUGACUCUGAAGAAGAUAAGGAAUUCAAUAUUGUCAAGUACAACGACUCUCGACUUACUGGCUCAACUCAUGACACUCACAAGGAAUCUUUUGAUUAUCAAGUUAAGAUCUGUGACUUUGGGCUGGCCAAAAAGGACAAAGAGGGAAUUUAUGAAUAUAACACAGAGGCAGGAGGCACUCGAAUGUUCCAGUCUCCAGAGCAAGCUCUUGGACAAGGAUAUGGUAAACCGGUUGAUAUCUGGGCAACAGGAAUUGUUAUGUUCUAUCUUCUCACUUUCGGUAAACAUCCAGUGACUUCUAUGCUUGAAGAUACUAAUAAUGAUGGAGUUGAUUAUUACAUGAAGAAAAUAUCAAAAUUGAAGAAGAAAGAUCUCAACUUUAAGCUACUAGAAGAGCAUUAUUGGGAGAAGGCAGCCAACCUUUUUGGAAAGUUAUGAGAAGUUAAAGCAAAUCUCAGGUAUCAGUGUGCUAAUGCCUUGAUUCAUCCCUGGAUCACGAGGGACGAGAAUGGUAUUGUCCCUCUUAACUUCCAUGAUCAGAUAGAGAUGACUAAUAAAUUGUAUGACAAAUUUAAAAAUGUGCAAAAUUUGGUAUUCACCUUCGCAGUUUUACGAAAUAAAUUCAUUGAGAAAAAUAAGGAAUCGUUGCUGGAUGAGUAUAAAUAUCAGAUUAUCAAAGAAGAAUUCUUAGAUUUCACACCUACUCCAAAGAAAGAAGAGAAAGAUCUUGAAUCUUUUGAUGCUUAUAGUAAAAACGUGUUGUACAACUCAAGUGCGCUUAAGAAAGCUAAGAGUAAGAAAUUUACAAAGAAGAUAAAAAACCAAUCAAAGCUAUUCUCUCAUCCUGAUAUCAUGAUUAAGACAAAGCCUCACAGUUUAUACCCAAACAAGCAUAAUUCACGAUUUUUAAAAGCAGGAGGAUCUUUUAACCCAAGUCUGAAUCAUACUAAGAGUUCUUCAAAGAAGAGGAAGCUCUCUUCAGGAAGGCCUCUCAGCUCCAAAUUGUCCAAGAAAGCAAAGAUUCAGACUAUAAAAUCUACCAAAAUGGAGCCCAAGCAGCUUAAUGCAAAGGCUAGUACAAAGAUGAUCAGAGGGUUUGGCAAGUCUAAGACCAGCAUUCCCAAUCAAAAGAAAAGGAAAUUACCUCCAAAGCGGAUCGAUUGAACAAAUAACCACAUGAUGAAACCUACUAAAAAGGCUUUCAUCAGUGAAGAUUCAGGUUCACCGUUCUUAAAAUCAGCCCAACUUAAGCAUAAUAGUAAUCCGAUAGAGUUGUUUAAGUCGGAAGCAAGGAAAUUUGAUGUUCCUAUCAGAAUGACUCGGUUUGAUGACAGCUCAAGUAUAACUAUAUCUGAGGAAAACAAUGGCAUUACACCCUCUGAAAAAGCAGAAUUUCAGAAAUUUAUGCAUAAAUGCAACCCGAAUAAGAAAAUUGAAAUAAAAUAUUCACUGAGUAAAGAGACUGAUGAUCUAAAAGACUCUUCAGAAUAUGUCCUGCCUUCUGCCAGAGAGACUCUGAUUCAAGAAAAGAGGAGUAGCUGUAAGAAUAUUCCUGGAACUAAUCAUUUUACUCUGGGUAGUAACACACAGCAUAAACUUCACCCAAAUCUGAUCCAAGAAAAAUUAAAUAAAGAAAGAGAAAUGAAGUACUUAAAGAAUGUAGCUGGCUCUUCAAUUGGAUUCGAUCAUUUACGAAGGCUUGAGGUCAAUGAAUUCAAAGCUCCACGAAAGUCCUCUUGUGGAAGAUUCAGCAUACAAUCACCAAUGACUCCUGUCCAGAUGAAAACACCUAAAGGGAUGCUACCGCAUGAAGGUCUGCAAGUUGAGCGUCGUGAUGAAGGUCUAACUACAAAGAAAUCUAAACCUCGUAAGCUGUCUUCUAUUGGUAGAGAUUUUUAUAACUACUAAAACCUAUUUUCAAGAAGUGAGGGUGCCAUAAAACAUGCUAUAAAUAGGCAAUAUCUACCAUGAAGGAGUUUCUAAUGGGUGUGC